UAUAACGAUUGACUCAAUGAUUGCGUUAUUUAUUGACUUAAUGAGUGACUCAAUGAUUACCCGUAAGUGUUGACAACAAAUGAGAUUUGGUUUCAAUUAUAACGGGAUUAGUGUUUGCAUUGAUUUAGAUAUCAGUUGAUUGACUGAUCUCUCAUGGAUUUAACCACAAGUCUUGUCCAAUGGUUAAACACAUUUGAUUUGUCGUCCAAAUGCCGAUCGGUUGACCAGUUAUGCGAUGGUGUGAUCAUCAGUCAUGUCCUCAAUCAGAUAUGUCCCGAAUAUUUUAAGACCGAAUUGCUCAAUAAGAUUGAGACCGAUUGCGGAACCAAUUGGAGACUUCGGGUCUCAAAUUUACGCAAAGUCUAUGAAGCAAUCGUUGACUAUUACAGUGAAGUAUUAGACAAACCAAUUGACGAUAAGUUAUUGCCAGACGUGACACUUAUAGGUCGAGAUUAUGACGUGAAUCAGUUGACGCUUUUGUUACAAUUAAUCGUCGGGUGUGCCAUCAAUUGUGACCGAAAAGAUUAUUUUAUAGCAAUAAUGACAAAUUUACCGCUUGAUGUCCAACACGGCAUCAAAACGGCUAUUCAACAAUUGGAAACAUUUGAUGAAAGUUUAGGUGGUUUUGAAAGCACCAACAUUUCCAAUCAAAUUUCAAUUGACGCCAAAGAAUCAGUACUUCAAAGAUGUGCUGAAUUGGAAGCGGAAGUCAAGAAAUUAAAUAACGAGAAGACGUUAUUUCAGAUGGAAAACGAAAAACUUUCCGAAAAAUUAAAGACUUUUCAAACUUCUGACAGAAACAAUGGUAAUAAUGAUUCGAUUGAUAACGAAGCAGUAUUUCAACGAUUAAAUCAUCAGAUUAUUGGUUUGCAAAGCGAAUUGUCUAAAACCGAAGAACUUAAAGAAGAUUAUCGAAUGAAUGCUGAACUCAGAGAAAGAGAAGUCAGUCGAUUAAAUCAACAGUUGGAUCAAUUGAACUCAAAGUUAGGUGAUUUAAAACAAGAUAGGGAUGAAUUGGAUCGACUCAGAUAUUUGAGUGAAGAACUCGAAAGAUAUAAAGCAAAAGAAGAUGUAUAUAAAUCAAAGAUUGAAGAGUUAAAAGAAACCAAAAGAAAACUACAGAUCACUGAAGAACGAAACGAGAAAUUAAUGCAAAAGAUAUGCGAAUUGGAAGAAGAGACGAAAAAGUUAUCAUCAUUUAAGAAUCAGAUCGAUCUCUAUAAGAAACAAAAGGAAGAACUAAGACUUAAAGUCGGAGAAGAGAGCUAUCGAGCGGACAGAGCCGAUGAAGAGAUUAAGCGUGUGACUAAAAAAUUUGAAGAAAUAAUACAAGAAAAGGAUAAAUAUAUGAUUGAAUUGAAUGACUUGAGACUUGAAUUAAGUCGACAUAAAGGGGUUAAUAAUGUCAUGAGUCUGGAUGUCGAGUAUACGCAUCCAAUACAACCUGUAGAACAUACCGUUGAAAUGAUGCAAAAAAGUGAUACACAAAUGAUUCAAAUGAGAGAAAAAUUGACUCGACUUGAGUUUGAAAACUUAAGAUUAAAAGAAAAUCAUAAAAUAUCUGAUGACCAACACAUCAAUCUUUUAGAGUCACAACUCGAUGACGAAAAGACAAAACUUAAUGAUUUAGAGGCAACUAAUCGACAUUUAAAACAAAAACUGAUGGAAUUAGAGGCAAAUCAUAGCCAAUCAAAUCAUGCCUCUGAUGACGAACAGAUGCAAACAUUUCAGGAUAUUAUUAAACAAAAUGAAAUUUCAUUAGAAUCGACAAAACAAGAACUAAUUGAUGCACAACAAGAAAUUGAUUCACUCAAAGAAGUAAUUGUAAACAAAGAUAAAGAACUUAAUGAUAAAGACGAACAAUACAAGAAAUAUGUGGAUAAAGCAAAACUUACAUUGGAUUCACUGUCUCAGCAAAGUCUCGGAUCAAACACUAGUAUUAAUAGCAGUGCUUCCGAUUGCAAUAAUGAUGCAAACUAUUGGAAACAUAUCGUACAACAAAAAGAGUUGGAAAUAUCUAAAAUCAAAAGUGAUUGCGAAGAAUCAGACAGUUUUAGGGAAAUGGAGUCUAAGUUGUUAACCAUAUCUUUUCAUAAUCUGAGUUCACAUUUGCAACGAAAAUCAGCCGAAGACAGGAUUAGAAACGGUUCAUUAAAUUCGGGUCACAAUUCAGUAUCAUUUCUGGCCCGACAAAGACAAGCGACGACUCGCAAGUAUAAUACGCCGACUGUCUCUCAAAGUGAUUUCUACGAUUAAUAAUAAUCAGCACUAAAUAACAUUUUUGUUUAUAAUUAAUAAAAAUUAAUAACAGUCUAUGCAUUUAAAAUGCAUGAAAAUGCAGCACAUGAUUAUUGGCAUGAAAAUAGCAUCGCAAAUGCAUCCAAUGUUUUAAUGUUUUUAACAAAUUUGUUUUAUAGAUAUUUUUAAAAGAGAUUUAUAUAUAUUAUUAG